GAGGGGGAACGAGAGAGAGAGAGGAUGCUUUAUCCAUUUGUAUCAUUUCCCUCUCCCUCCUCCACCUUCAUCUUUUCGUCCAUGGAUGCCCUCCUGGGCCUCCUCCCUUCUCUCCCGCGCUUUCCUCACAGGGCCACCACCAUCAAGCUUCCGGCGUCUGCCUCUACCCCGAACAACCACGAAUCGCACCCACAUUCCCACCAUAACAUCUACCACCACCCCCUGUCAAGGCGCAGAAUCACCCUCAGCACCACCACCUCCGUCAUUCUGCUGCUCUCCUCAGGGUGGGCUCUUUCCUCCCGCGCCGACUCUUCUCCGAGGAAGCCGGGGCUCCCUGCGAUCUCCAGCACGAAGACGUGGGAUCAGUUUGUAGGCGACGGGUUCGCCAUCCGCGUCCCUCCACUUUUCGAAGACAUCACAGAGCCCGAGGAUUAUACUGCCGGUUUAACUUUAUAUGGGGACAGAGCAAAGCCCAAGACGUAUGCUGCACAGUUCGCCUCACCUGACCGGUCAGAAACUGUAAGUGUAAUAAUCCGGCCAUGUAAUCAACUGAAGAUUACUUUCUUAGAGGCUAAAGACAUUGCAGAUCUUGGCUCACUGAAAGAGGCAGCUCGGAUCUUUGUUCCUGGUGGAGCAACUUUACAGUCUGCUCGAACAAUAAAGAUCAAGGAAGAAGAAGGUCUCAGGACCUACUACUUCUAUGAGUUCAAUGUAGAGGAGCAGCACAUAGCGUUGGUUGCUUCCGUGAAUAGUGGCAAGUUGCAGGCAUAUAUUGCAGGAGCAACUGCUUCAGAGUCCAAGUGGAUAGAAGAUGGUGUUAAGCUACGGUCUGCUGCUAUAUCGCUCACAGUUUUGUAAUACUGCAAAGAGAAUACUUGGUGCAUCUCCACUAUAUGGGUAACCACAGGAUAUUUGGAUUGGCAUGUUUUGUCAAGCUAUAAGUUGCCAGUCUUCACUUUCAGUUUGGCAACUGAAUGAAGAGACUUUAGCCUAUGGACAGAUUCUGCACUGAUUGCUGGAGAUGGUUCACUGGCUUUCUCUGCUGCAAAUGUUGGUUCUUCCCUCUUGUGAAAGAUUUUGCAGCAAUGUGUUUGGAGAUCCAGGAAGUUGGCACAUCCUUGUUGGUUAAGAAGAAUGACAAGAUGUUCUAUACAAUCCAUAUUUCAUUUCUUAGUACUAGGAAAAUUAGUUGUUUCAAUCUGUAUUGUUAAAGCAGUCAAUUUUGAUAUGUCUUUCUGCUGAUAUGACCUUCCUUCAAAUUAUGCUUAUCUGUAUAUGUUCAAAUAUAUAGGUUGUUAGCUUUCA